UUUCUAUCUUUUUUUCCCUCAUUUUCUUUUUUCUAGGAUUUUCUUCAUUAUGACCGCUGGCUAUUGAAAAUCAACUUAUUCAACAUUUUAGUACUCUGUGUUUACCAAACAAACAGCCUAGCACAACUGGUAUCAAUGGAGUACUCAACAGCAAUCGUGUUUUCGCAGCUCUCAUUAUUCCCCUCAACACUUCAAACAGAAACCAGAGCUUACACGUUCAAGCCAUGGAAGCAGAGAACUUGCCAAUCUACACGUUUCCAGUGUCACAAGAUGUAUGUCCCUGGAUUUGGGACAUCACCGGAAUCCACAGCAGCCCAACAUCUACACCAUUUCUUCAAUUAUAUUGCAGUUAAAAUUGUUGCUGCGCAGCUUCAGAGCUACAAUCCUGAGGCGUAUGAGGAGCUGAGAGAGUUUCUGGAUAAAUACUCAUUGAAUGAUGGGGAUAAGUUUUGCGCAGAUUUGAUGAGGGAAUCCCCAAGACAUAAAAAUCUAGCUUUGCGCAUUUUAGAGGUUCGAUCAGCAUACUGUAAGGAAGAUUUUGAAUGGGAUAAUUUGAAGCGCCUCUCAUCAAAGAUGGUGGAUGAUUCUAAUAAAAAGAUUAUGAUGGAUUACAUCGUGGAUACUAGCUGCACGGUAGAAGGAAAGCAAAUUUGCUAGAAAAACUUCUUAAAAUUCUUGAUCAAGGUGUAUUAUAUGGUACUGUAACUUGUAUUUAAAAGACAGAUUUCUAAGGUUUACAAUUGGACCCCAAGAUGAAGCGAACCAAAAUCACAAUAUAAUAUACCUGUAGAUUCUUGAUGAGGGUGUGUUAUGUGUCGGAUGAACCAAAUCCUCGCUGGAUUUUAAUUUUCCGUUACAUGGGGCUAAACUGAAAAUAUGAACUUGUAGUUUACACUACUCUAAUAGUCAAUAUGGAUGUGUGAUGGUGUAAAAUGCUCCAAUUGUCAA